ACAUCAUAAUGAGCGCUGAUAAGACCCCAACCGGUGUUGACUUGUACGCCCGUUUCGCUUUGUCUGGAGCUUUGUGUUGCUCACUCACUCACGGUGCCCUCACACCUGUAGACGUUGUCAAGACCCUCAAGCAAUUGGAUCCAGUUAAAUACAACAGAGGUAUGGCUGCUACUUUCCGUCAAGUUGCUUCUGAACAAGGUCCAGCUGCUUUGUUGACUGGUGUUGGUCCAACUUUCGCUGGUUAUUUCUUACAAGGUGCCUUCAAGUUUGGUGGUUACGAAUUCUUCAAGAAGCAAUUCGUCAACUCUUUGGGUAUGGAAAAGGCUUCUGAAAAUCGUACUGCUAUCUAUUUGACUUCAUCUGCUUUGGCUGAAUUCUUUGCUGAUAUUGCUUUGUGUCCAUUGGAAGCUACUCGUAUUCGUUUGGUCUCUCAACCAGACUUUGCUAAUGGUUUGUUAGGUGGUUUCAUGAGAUUGUUGAAGGAAGAAGGUGUCCUCCGUGGUUUCUACUCUGGUUUCUUCCCAAUCUUGUUGAAGCAAAUUCCAUACACUAUGGCUAAGUUCGUUGUUUACGAAUUGGCUGUUGAACAAAUUGUUAAUAUGGUCGGAAAGCCAAAGAGUGAAAUGUCAACUGGUGGACAAACUGCUGUUGACUUGAGCUCUGGUUUGAUUGCUGGUGCUUGUGCUGCCAUCAUUUCUCAACCUGCUGAUACCUUGUUGUCAAAGAUCAACAAGCAAAAGGGUGCUGAAGGUUCUAUCACCUCUCGUUUGGCUGGUUUGGCUAAGGAAUUGGGUCCACGUGGUCUCUUCUUGGGUCUCGGUCCUAGAAUUAUCAUGGUUGGUGCUUUGACUGCUGGUCAAUUCGCUAUCUAUGUUCGUAUUAAGUACUUGCUUGGUGCUAAGGGUGGUACUGAAAUUUCUAGUGUUAAGAAGUAAAUUUGCUAAUCAAAUAAAUUUAUUUUAAAACUAU